AUGGCCACAUCAGCCAUACCUCGCUGUUUGAAACUUCAGAGAUCUGCGACAUUCUGCGAGGCCAAUGGCAUCAUAUUGUACUGUCUCCUGGCACAUGCCUCCUAUCUCAUGCAGCCCUUAGAUCAAGCAUUCUUUGGCUCCGUGAAGUGUACAUGGUCUGAUGCUAGCAGAAGGCACUUCGCUGAGACUGUAGAUGCAGUCGGGCUGGACACCUUUGCGAAGGUUUUUCAGCAUGUCUGGCAGAAGUGCGCAACGACUGAGAAUGCCCAGUCCAGCUACAGGGCAGCAGGUAUUUUCCCUUUUUGCCCCCAGAGAGACCUGGAGAGCAAGAAGAUGAACAGGGUAUUUAGAGAUGUGCCCUCCGGAAGCAGUGACCAGCCACCAACUCUGCUUUUGCCAGAAGCUGGUCAACCCGAGGACGAACCACCAGUGGUUCAAACUGAGGAUGAACCCGAGACACCAGCUCCCUUCGAGUAUUUCGGGUCAGAUGACGAAGGACCUGAGCCACUGGUUCCCUUUGACGUUCCGUGGGACUAUGAGGAGGAGCCUGCGUCCAACCAUCCAACACCAGCGAUGCGGCCUCCCCAGCCCUGCGAUCCUGCACCCCAGCCCUGCGAUCCGGCACCCCAGCCCAGCGAUCGGGCACCCCAGCCCAGCGAUCGGGCACCCCAGCCCAGCGAUCGGGCACCCCAGCCCAGCGAUCCUGCGCCCCAGCCCUGCGAUCCGGCACUCCAGCCCUGCGAUCCUGCACCCCAGAGCCCAGCGAGCCAGCUCACUACCCCUGCCAGCCAGCCCCCGAAUCUUGCAUCAACGUCAAGCCACCAUGGGGAAGCAUCAACUUCAAGCCACCAAGAGGAAAGCACCUACACAGCAAAGCAGCUGGAGGCAAUGAAAGACUUUGCCCUACACGUGACCGAUGAGCUCGGUACAAACGGCUUUCUAUGGUGCAUCCAAGCCCUCUCAAGGGAUGCUACGGAAAUCACGAGGGCUUCCCGAAAUUCAAGAGCCUGGCAGCCUCCUUGA